AUGCGUUUUAAUUCAUCUAACCAACCCUGUGCUUCUCAUAUUCCAAGCGUAGAAAACACCCGUUUAUCGCAAGAAGCAUCGCAAAAUACAGCGUAUCGACACAAUCAUCCAUCAUUAAUGUCGAUCGAUCCUGCAUAUAUACCAGAGCUGAUCAUCUGCAUGGUAAACUGCCUGCAAGUUGCAGACAGUGCAGGCAGGUUGCGGUUUCAGGUUGCAGGUGAAUUAAAAAUAUUUCCACUAACGGCCGGCCGAUAA